AUGGAGCCGUUCUCAUUUGCGAGCUCCGAGUCGCUGGAUUUCCCAGUGAGCAUCCGAAUAAUCAACCUAGAGGGCGACGAAACACCAUUCUUACAUUCGACUCUCCUGGAAAAGGCCGAGCUGAGGCACAUUGGCUCCAAUCAGAGUUCCCACUCGGAUCUCUACGUCACCGUCCAAGUAUGGGCCGGCUCCAAACCCUUGACGGUGCCUGUCCAAACAGCCUACAAAUCUUUCCGCACUGAGAGAAGAUGGAACGAAUGGCUCACGCUGCCGAUUAGCUACAAAACCCUCCCUCUGAACUCCUGUCUGGCCAUCACGUUAUGGGACUCGUCUCCCGCUGGGGGGAAGCAUGCGAGAGGUCAUGCGAUUCCCUUCGGAGGCACGACGCUGCCGCUCUUUGACCGAGAUAACCAGGUGCAGAAAGGCCGACAGAAGUGCAUGGUACACCGACACAAGAACGCCGACGGUAAUGACAACACGACCACGCCCGCGGUGCCCCGCAAGAAAAGGGAUGGGUCGAGGAAGGGGGAGGCUCCGCCGGUAGAUAAGGACGCCGAAGAGCUGGAGCGCAUGGAAAAGCUGUUCAAGAAGCACGAAAUGGGCGAGAUCCCGAGAGUCGACUGGCUUGAUCAGCUCGUCUUCCGGGGGUUCGAGAAGCGUGGUCUGCAGUCGGCAAAAGCUUCACUGAAGACCAUGCAACGUCAGAGGGCAACAAAUGGGGAUGCGCCCGAGAAGGAGAGAAGCACCGACGACGAGAACGGUGUCGUGGACACCGAGUCUCACCCGGGAUUCUCCAAGUUUCAACUCAACGUCGAGUUGCCGCGAUUCGAUUUCCCCGUCGUCUUCGCCGACUUGGAGUACGACCCUCCGCCAAUCUCGAACCUGCAGCACAUCUCUGCUUCUCAGUCCAACGUCAUGCUGAAGCCACCUCCCGAGGUACAGUUUGGGCCUGGUAUCAACGCGCUUGGUGAUGCGGCGGGCGGCCCUGGUAGUCGGCUGAUGAAGGUCUACGACCCAGAGGUCGGUGCUCGCGACAACCCGGCCGAGAGCAAGCACAGGAGACUUGUCAGAAGCCAGCAUCGUCAUGGCGUUCUCGACAAGGACCUCAAGCCGAAUGCCAAGGUCCGCGAUGAGCUGAACCUCAUCAUGUCCUAUUCGCCAACGCAUACCCUGACACCAGAGGAAAAGGACCUGAUCUGGAAGUUCCGCUACCACCUUACUCGCGACAAACGCGCCGUCACAAAGUUUGUCAAAUCGGUCAACUGGCAGGACCAAAGCGAGGCCAAGCAGGCCGUGCAAGUCUUGGGACGCUGGACCGAGAUUGACGUUGACGACGCCCUCGAGCUGCUUGGUCCCACCUUCGACAACCAAGCUGUUCGGGCAUACGCGGUGGAAAGGCUGCGCAAGGCGGACGAUCAUGAGCUGCUGCUGUAUUUGCUUCAGCUGGUACAGGCACUCAAGUACGAGCAUAUCCGGGCAGACUCUUCCCAGGAGGCCAUCCAGGACUCUUCCUUGGCCAAGUUCUUGAUAUCCCGUGCAGCCGGCAACUUCCUUCUUGGCAACUACUUCCACUGGUACUUGAUGGUUGAAUGCGACGAUCACAGUUCCGAGCAAGGGCUGGAUAACCGCAACAUCUACCGAAAGGUGGCUUACGACUUCAUGACGGAGCUGGUGAAGCGGCCAGACGGCGUCGAGUCGAGGAAGACCCUUUUGAGACAGGCCGAGCUGAUCGCGAUCCUGUCCAAGAUCUCAGGGGAGGUCAAGACGUCGCAUGAGUCCAUUGCGAAGAAGACGGAUCGCGUCAAGCAUUUCUUGGCGGACCCCAAAAACGAGAUGUUGACCAUCGACCCGCCGCUGCCUCUGCCCCUCGAUCCCGCCAUGCUGGUCGUUGGCGUUGUCCCUGACGAAACGACCGUCUUCAAAUCAUCCUUGUGUCCUAUCAAGGUCACGUUCAAAACCACCACGGGGAAGAAAUACCCAAUCAUCUUUAAAACCGGCGACGACCUGCGCCAGGAUCAACUGGUCAUCCAGAUCAUCACUCUUAUGGACCAGCUACUACAGAAGGAAAACCUGGACCUCAAGCUGUCGCCAUACAAGAUCCUGGCCACAAGCACGACAGCAGGCGCAUCCCAGUUCGUCCCGUCGGUCAGCUUCCAGAGCAUUGCUUCAAAGUACAAGAACAACCCCGCACUGACGUACUUGAAAUCCAACAACCCAGACGACCGGCAACCUCUGGGUCUGCGGCAGGAGACGCUGGAUACGUACGUCAGGUCUUGCGCAGGAUACUGUGUCAUCACCUACAUCCUGGGUGUCGGCGACAGACAUCUGGACAACCUUCUCCUGGCGCCCGACGGACACUUCUUCCACGCAGACUUUGGCUUCAUUCUUGGACGGGAUCCCAAACCAUUCGCGCCGGUGAUGAAGCUCUCCAAGGAAAUGGUGGACUGCAUGGGCGGCGUCAACUCGGAGCACUUUAAACAGUUCAAGCAGUAUUGCUUCCUGGCAUACACUGCCCUGCGCAAGUCGUCCAACCUGAUUCUGAACCUGUUCAGUCUGAUGGUGGACGCCAACAUCCCCGACAUUCGCCUCGAACCCGACAAGGCUGUUUUGAAGGUCCGCGAGAGGUUCCACUUGGAGUUGACCGAGGAGGAGUCGAUGCUGUUCUUUGAGAGGAUAAUCGAAGAUACCCUUGGCGCAAUUGCACCGGUUGUCAUUGAUAAGCUGCAUGAACUUGUACAGGCUUUUCGGAAUUAG